GGUUACAGUCCGGAAGUACUAGCAGGGCAUCGUUAGCAUGCUAACUCUGCGCUCAUCUCUGUCCGGUUUUCUACGUCCGAAAUAUCCUCGAGAAAACAAGAGAUGAGCAACGAUGACGUCAUCAAGCACGUCACGUGCACGGUCAAACCUCCCGUCUACCUUCACUUCGGGGACUCCAAGGAGGAACCCGGUCACUCGGGCGUCUGCGUGCUGGACGUCAACCUCCCCUUUGGAAAAAGCGUUAACGUCGAGGCGAUCUCCUUCAAGAACUCCUACACGGCCUUUGUCAGCGUGAGGCUGCAGAGGCGGACCCCUGGCCAGGAGGCGGCGGCGGCCAAGUGGGUCACGGCUGUCAGGGACCUCCCCCUGAUGAAGAACCCCCAUACCGAGGCGGGCUCACAGGACUUCUACGCCAUCCGUAGGACACAGAUGCGAGUAGAGGCGGACCACGUCACGUCUCUGAGACUGAUCCUGAGACAGCCGUCCUGUGCCUGGUUAACUUUCAGCCUGGAGGAUAUCCGCAUCUUCCCUCGCACGCAGACGGAAACUGACAAGGAGCUCUCUGAUUGGCUGUCUGCUCUGACCCUCGUGGACCGCCAUUCUGACGUUGAGGAGGGUCUCCCGGACCCUCAGACAGUUUCGUGCAGUCUUCAGCAGAUGUGGGCGUUGACUGAGGUGAUGCAGAGCAGUCAAAGCUCCGCCUCUAUCGGACGCUUUGAUGUGGAUGGAUGCUACGACGUCAACGUCUUAUCUGUGACAUAAACAUAGCAUUUGUAUAGUUAUACUGUAUGUGAAACAGACAUAAUUAUAGUUAUGCUGUUUGUGACAUUAACAUGUAAAUACAGUAGAUCCUUGCUAUUUGUGGGGGUUAUGUUUCAAAACACACAAGGGAUGGUGCAGAAUCCAAAAUAAAUGUUAUCCUCUAAUAUGUGAUAGUAUUUAUUCUAUAAUAUGCCACUUACAGCAUAAAUGCAUUUUGAAUUCAGUAUUGGACAUAGUCUGGACUGUAUACAAAUUCUUAUUUUGAAAAUGUACUUUUGUUUACAGAUUAUAUGCAAUCUGUUGUUGUGUUCCCUAAUUUGAGUGUGUGUUGCUGAGCCCGACCUGGACAUAAUCUGGACUAGACCUGGUUUUAAGAACCCUUUAAACAAUCUAAUUUCAUUGACAACCAGGUCUGGUGAAGAUAAGGUCCUUUUUAAAAAAAAUCAUAAAAUAAAAUAAGAUAAAUAAAUUAAAAAUAUUUUCUUGAAUAAAAAAGAAAGUAAAACAAUAUAAAAACAGUUACAUAGAAACUAAUAAUUAAUGAAAAUGAGUAAAAUUAACUGUUAAAGGUUAGUACUAUUAGUGGACCAGCAGCACGCACAAUCAUGUGUGCUUACGGACUGUAUCCCUUGCAGACUGUAUUGAUAUAUAUUGAUAUAUAAUGUAGGAACCAGAAUAUUAAUAACAGAAAGAAACAACCCUUUUGUGUGAAUGGGAAGGGAGUUUUUUUGGGUUGGUGCACUAAUUGUAAGUGUAUCUUGUGUUCUUUAUGUUGAUUUAAUAAAAAAUAAAAAAUACAAUUCUGUAUUGUACUCCAAAAAACGUCUUGUCAAAGCUUUUUCGUGCUGGAAAAUGUUGAGUGAAUUCUAACUGCGGCACUCUUCUAUCCCUUCAGAUAGCGCCAUCAAACCACUUUAAAUUGAAGCUACUAUAAAAAAUGAUUUACAAUUUACAGCAGUGCAAAGGAAUGCGUGAAUAUGCGGAGGAGCGAAUGCCAAACCUCAAAUAUGUAGGCCUGGGAUCUACUGUAUUCACUGUGGAGGUCAGUUCUAUGUAUUAUAAACAUGUUGUAAUUAUACUCUGAAUUAUCUGAAAUAAAAGUAUGCAAUGUUUAUUUGUUGUUAUGGAACCAAAAAAUGAAGUUAUUGGUAGCAAUAAUGUAGCAAAAAAAGUUAAAUGUCAUGUCAUGUCAUGUAAUGACCAGUUGGCAGCAUUCAUUGUUCGAGUCAGCGGUCACCUAGGAUCAAAAAUUAAAUCCUGGAACUGGAUGUGAAAUACCUGGUUGGAGGCUUAACAAACUAUUGAGUAUAAACCUGAAAUCUGUAUUGAUUUACCCUAAGAUGGGAAAUAAUGUUGGGUUUCACAACAGCUGAUCUGAGUUAGUUCAAUCAGACUUGAGUCUGCUGACUCGAGUUAAAACUACAAUAAAAAAAAGCCAUGAUCAAUAAAGCGCUGAUUUUAGGUUUCACCAUAGCAACCGGGGACAGAAAAGGCCUUUUAUCUUCAGCUGGAACGGAAAAGUGUUAAUGUGUGUUUGUAGUGCGUAUGAACACUUUUUUUUUUUUUGAAGAAACAAAAUAAUAAAUAAAAUAAUAUUGGACUGAAGGAUACUUCUAGAGUCAAUGCAAAAGUUUGAAUGCAGUAGUUUUAUCAAUUUAACAUUUCAUCAUAUUU